UAAAACUUCAGAUGUUUUCGUGCGGACGACAUUUCGCUUCCCUCUCGAAACCGCGUGAAAUUACCAAGUGAAAAUUUCCGCGACAGCGGAAAACGGCGGAGGAUGGACGAGCCUGACGUUUACGAGAGAAGAUCCGACGAUGGCAGACGCGUUAUUGAAGAAUCGGCUAAAGAGGUAGUCGAGGAAACGACGGAUAAGAAAGCUGUCGAGCAGGAUAAAAGGCGUAUGAGUCGCUGCAUGCGAAGGGCCGAGAGAAAGGGCGGGGGAUGCCGGUGUGGCGAGACUGGCGCGGAAUCCCCGAGAGGAAAGAAAAAUCGAAAGAGAAGAGGGAAACAAAUUCUCUCGCAGAAUCCCUUCAUUAUCUUCUAUCUCGAGAUGUACUAUCAGAUGCCCGGGAAACACGUGACGGAGGUCGCCCGUCAGGCCGGCAAGGAGUGGUGCGCCUUGCCCGAGGCAGAGAGGACGAAGUACAUACGUCUGGCGGAAAGAGAACGGAAAAGGCGACGGAGGGGAACGAAGGGGAGAAGAAGGAGAAGAGGAUGCGGGCGCAGUUAGUGAAGAAAACUUCCGGUUCUUGCCGUUAAAUGCUCCAGAAAUCCAUCAGUGUAGCCAUUAAAAGAGCCAAACCAGAUAUUACAUGAAAAACUGGAAAAUGAGGAAAUUAGAACAUAAAUAAUGCCUGAUAAAACAGCGCAUUAAAAAUUUCGAAACACGUUUGACCUUUGAAUUUUUUUUUACUUCAAAGCAGCAGCACGAAAAAUAUUGUCGGUAACACACAUUGUUAUGUGCUUUGGUAUACAUAUAUUUUGGGAUUUUAAACAUCCAGUUUUGGGUAGAAAUGGGAGAGAGAAUAGCGGAACACGAUUGCAAUAAACACGAAGAUAAAAUAGAAAAAACGCAAUUCUGUAUAAUUUGUGAGCAAUUUUAUGCGAUAAGUUGAAUAUUUUUGAAACUGUAAUUUGUAAUUAAUUUUUCAAUCCCGUUUUUAUAUAAAUAUAUAUUUAUUUAAAAGAUUGAUGUUUAAAUACAGGAUUAAUAAAAUAUUAAAACCAAAGCACGAUGAGCAUCUAUAAUUACGGAAGAUGAAUAUUGCAU